GUCCACAGGACAAUCCUUUAAGAAAAAUCCGAAGCCUGAUUCAAUCUCGGUUUUCGUCUUUACUUGCGAUUGUUUAGGUUGAAUCGCAAACAGGAUUCAAUUGGGUUUCUAUCAAAAUCGAACUUUUGGCCCUUUGUUUUUGUUUUUGUUUUUUUUUUGUUCCCUCUGCUCUAGGAGCUAGAGAGAUGGUUGGGUCGAAUUGAGGUUGAAUGAUAAGAUCGGUGCGUCUUAAACUAGCGUUCAUUGUGUGGACUGUUGGUAGGAGCCGGUAGAAAUGGCCCGAUACGAUAGAGCCAUCACCGUGUUCUCGCCGGAUGGGCAUCUCUUUCAAGUGGAGUAUGCUUUGGAAGCCGUCAGAAAGGGAAACGCAGCAGUCGGUGUGCGAGGUACAGACACCAUCGUGUUGGGAGUGGAGAAGAAAUCUACUGCUAAGUUGCAAGAUGCUCGCACCGUGCGGAAGAUUUUGAAGUUAGACGAGCACGUAUCACUCGCCUUCGCCGGUCUCACCGCCGAUGCUCGUGUUCUCGUCAACCGUGCUCGAAUUGAGUGCCAAAGCCAUCGACUUACAGUAGAAGAUCCUGUGACUGUCGAGUAUAUCACUCGCUUCAUCGCCGGCUUGCAGCAAAAGUACACUCAGAGUGGUGGAGUUCGCCCCUUCGGUAUUUCCACUCUCAUCGUCGGCUUCGACCCUUACACAGGCGUACCUGCCCUCUACCAAACCGACCCUUCUGGAACCUUUUCAGCUUGGAAAGCCAAUGCUACUGGCCGUAACUCGAACUCGGUACGUGAAUUCCUGGAAAAGAAUUACACUGAGACAUCAGGCGCUGAGACUGUCAAACUAGCUGUCCGAGCACUUCUUGAGGUAGUUGAGAGUGGUGGUAAAAACAUUGAAAUAGCAGUAAUGACCAAGAACGAAGGUUUGCGAUUGCUGGAUGAGGCAGAAGUUGAGGAGAUUGUGGCUGGUAUAGAAGCUGAGAAGGCUGCUGUGGAAGCAGCUAAGAAGGGUCCUCCUCGUGAUCAGUAGGCUUCAGACGGUUGGUGGAUUCGGGGGUUAUUCGCUAGGGUGACGGACAGGUGAAUGAUGAUCCAUGUAAAAUUGUAAAGCAUUUUGCCGGAACUAAUUCAGUCGGACGACGAGCUCCUUCUUGGUUA